AUGGACGGCUCGUUCGCUGUCAUCAAGAGCGGGUACUUGUUUGAUGUCACCACUGGUCAACAGAUCAUUCGGUUGGUUCCCGAGGCGGAUCCGAUCGCGGGGUUUGGUUCAUCUGUUGCGAUCGAUGGGGAUCUAGUCGUCGUCGGGAACAUCUUUGAUGAUGGGAAGGGGUUCCCAGAGCAAGACGCGGGAGCGGUCUAUCUGUUCGACCACACCACAAGACAAGAAAUCAAUAAACUCGUCGCGGAUGAUCGCUCAAGACUCGAUCGCUUCGGGAGUUCGGUCGGUAUCAGCGGAAAUCUGAUUGUGGUUGGAUCGCCUCUCAACGAUGCGAUCGUUCCAAACUCUGGAGCGGCGUAUGUCUUUGACGCGACGACCGGUCAGCAGCUGCACAAGCUCGUUCCCGAUGAUGGAUCGCUCGGAGACCAGUUCGGAGAUCGCGUAGCGAUCAGCGGGAGCACGAUCCUUGUUGGGGUUCCCCAAGACGAUGACAACGGCGGGAGUUCUGGUUCGGUCUAUGUGUUUGAUGCGAUCACUGGUCAGCAGUUGCACAAGCUUGUCCCUGCAGAUGGGAGUACUUCGGAUCUCUUUGGUCGAUCGGUCGCUCUCGAUGGGAACAUCGCUGUGAUCGGUGCACACCUUGAUGAUGACAACGGACUGGAGUCGGGUGCUGUGUAUGUGUAUGACACAACCACAGGACAGAUGCUCCGCAAGCUGCUCGCUGAGGAUGGAGAAGCGGACGACCAGUUCGGAUUCGCGGUGUCGAUCGAUGGAACUCAAGCCGUAAUCGGUGCUCAGAAGGACACAGCUGAUGGUGUGCGUUCUGGAUCAGCGUAUGUGUUUGAUGUCAACACUGGUCAGCAGCUCAUGAAGCUCCAAGCGAGUGAUGGAUCCGCGAACGAUUUCUUUGGUUCAGCGGUCGCGAUCAGCGACUCGAAUAUGCUGGUGGGAUCGCCGGAUGCGGCGCGGAGCGACGGCGGGAUCGGAUCGGUCUAUGUGUUCUCAUUGGGAAGCUCAUGCGCUCCGGACCUCACUGGAGAGGGCGACCUGAACUUCCUCGAUGUCUCCGCGUUUCUCAGUGCAUUCGGGAUGCAGGACCCCAUCGCGGACUUCGUGUACGACGGCAACUUCAACUUCUUCGAUGUCUCCGAGUUCCUCGCGCAGUUCUCGGGAGAUCUCGCCAUGCUGAUUCGUUCAACUGUUCUCGCGGCUGUUGCCGUACUUGGUUUUGCUGCUUCUGUUGUUUCUGCGCAGAACUACAUCCGGGUGGAUGUGGUUGGUGUCGUUACCGCCGGUGAUUCUUUCACGGCGAACAUCGAUUUCAGUGUUGUCUUGGAUACGACGGCCGGUCCUACAGACAGCUCAGAAGGCACUAUCUCCUUCGAUGUGCUCAAUGCACGCGCGGUUGAUCCCGCAACACACACGAGCGACUCACCGAUGUACCUGAGCGAACCGCCCGCGCCGAUUCCCGUCACAGGGACUUUCAGGUACAUCAUUUUCACCGAUGAGUAUAACAUCCAGCUCAACACGCCCAGCGGGUCCAUUUUACUCGGCGUGACCCCCCCUCGCGGCGAGUUCAGCCUCUCGAUGACCUCGCUCCCCGAUGACCCCGCGGAUUACCUGGUCGAUUCAACGGACAGCGGUGCGACGGUCGGCUUAAUCGGCCCCUCUGGGGACACCAGAUGGAAUCCGGGUUUUCCUACUGGUGACGAUGGCGGGUUCCGCGUGAUUGUUCGGAGUGUCGAUGAUCCGAGUCUUGAUGAAUGCGAAGCCGACUUCACCGGCGACGGGAACCUCAACUUCCUCGAUGUCUCCGCGUUCCUCACACUGUUCUCGGAUGCGGAGGACGAUGUAGAACUUCCACAUCGUGGUCCCUCGUUUGAGAACGCCUUUGAGUUCCAUCACGCGUGCGACGCCGUUGGCGACGAUCAAGAGGACGGCGUCGUUGACGCGGCCGACUUCACCGCGUGGAUCAACAACUUCAACAACAAUGAUCCGCUCGCGGAUGUCAAUCAGAACGGCGUCCUCGAUGCCGGGGAUUACACCGCGUGGGUUGCGCAGUUCAAUCUCGGUCCCAACGGCGACUGCUGUCCGGGUCCGAUCUACAUGAUCACCCCAUGCGCCGGCGGUUCGCCCAUCUUCACCAAGAACGACCUCUCCAGCUGCGAGGGCAGCUACGCGGAGUACAACUCCAACGAGAUUGGGUUCGUCUCGAUCUUCCCAGGAGAGCUGGAUUCCUCGCAGCUCACAGCCGUGAAUCUGAUCGGAUGCGUCAGCGACUGCGGCACACCGAACGAUCCCGACGACGAUCCGGACAUCGAUCCAGGAGGCGUGCUCGAAUCGAGUAUUGUCGUGACCUUCUCCAGUACCUGCGAGCCAAACAAUGAAGAUUGCGAUGGUCUUCCGGAGUCGUACUUUGACACGCCGGAUGAAACUGUUGCUAUUCGCUUCUUCCGGAACGGGUAUGAAGGUGGUGACACACGUAAACCAUUAUGGGAUGCAGACUACAAUGGCCAAACCAUCACAAUCGUCUACCGAGGAAAUCGAACAGAUCUAGCUGGGUGGGAGAGAUGGCGUAUCAAUAACGCGUCGCACGCGUAUCCACAGAUCAGUUGCUCGGGAGUAUGUGUGACACUCUUCGACGGGCACGAUCAGUUCCCCAGCAACCCACCAUACAUGCCUCCAACUCUAGUCGUUGAUUGCGCCCUCACACCCCCAUUUCCGUUUGACCCUGUUUUGUACGCUGUUCUUGAAUGGCAGAUUUUUUCAGACUUCAACGGCUUUGAACAAGAGAUGGAUAUGAAUGAGCCUUAUCAGGAAGUGACCGACACCAACCAGACCGAUGAUCGCAGUGUGGUCAUCAAGUCGAUGAACCAGUACAGGACCACGCCGAUCCGUUGGCUUGAGGAGGGACGCAUCGCGCUGGGGAAGCUCACGCUCAUCGCGGGUGAUCCGGGACUGGGCAAGUCCUUCAUCACCCUCGACAUGGCGGCGCGUGUCUCGCGUGGGGAGUUGCCCAGAGCGGCGACGCGGGCCGUGGAGCAUGAGAUGCAGCUGCGAGCGACGCUGUCGGACUUUGAACGCAACCAUCGCGAGUCGCUCGAUCGUGAUCCGAGCGACGCCUCUAACCGACCCACCAAGCUCGCGAUCCCGGAGCGUCCCGGCGAGGUCGUGCUGCUCAACGCGGAGGACGACGCGGGCGACACGAUCCGUCCUCGCCUCGAAGCGAUGGGCGCGGACCUGUCGCGGAUUCAUCUGUUCGAGGGGGUUGUGCAGCCGAUGGGUCGGUGCGUGAAUCUGACUCAACUGGAUACCGAUAUCCGUCUGCUCGCGCAGACGCUCAAGAAGAUCGAGAACCUCAAGCUCAUCAUCAUCGAUCCCAUCAGCGCGUACAUGGGCAAGACCGAUUCGCACAACAACGCCGAUGUCCGAUCCGUCCUCGCGCAGCUCGCGCGUCUCGCGCAGUGGACCGGCGCGGCGGUCGUCUGCGUCACGCACCUGAACAAGGACGCGGGGGGCAAGCGUGCGAUCUAUCGCGCGAUGGGGUCGCUUGCUUUUACCGCGGCGGCGCGAGCCGUGCAUCUGGUGAGCAAGCAUCCCGACGAUGCGAGCAAGCGUGUGGUCGCGCCGGUGAAGAACAACCUGAGCGAGGAGUCGUCGCCUCGCGUGUACCGGAUCGACGAGGGGAGAGUGGUGUGGCUCGAUGAAGACAUCGAAUGGGACGCGGACUCGAUCGAGCAGGCGUUCGAGGGGGCAAGGUCCACGCCCAGCGCGAUGGAGGAGGCGAAGCGGUUCCUCGAGGAGGCGCUGGGGGAGGGUCCUGAGCUGGCAACGAAACUGCGCGAGGAUGCGGAGGGGUGUGGGAUCAACUGGCGAACACUCAACAGAGCGAAGCGGGCGCUCGCGGUCGAAGCGUUCCGCAGGGACGAGCAGUGGUACUGGAAGAUUCGAGGCUUGGAUGACGAGUCGCUCGAAGGGACGAUCGUUGAUCCGGAGCCGGAUGAGUUGGUGUAUGAGCAGCAACUGGACGACGAAUCCGACCUCCACGAACUCGCACGACUCCACGGCUACGAGGACAACGGCUUUGUGCAAGGUUGA